AUGAUAGAGACUAUCAUCAACAGUUAUUUCAAAUACAUCAACCUCCCAUUUACAAGGAGGUCGUUCCCAAGAGGAUUAAAGUUUAUAUACCACUGUGUGUUGCUGACGGACCUGAUUCAAGCAAUAAUAUUCCCGACGCUCUCGGACCUAUGCAUAUACUCAGUGUUCGGAGAUAGCGUCUUCAUCAGUCACAUAAGUGCGCUUCACCACAUGGGAGCGACGCUGGGAGGACUAUACUGGUGCCUAAUAUCCUACUUCAAUCUGACGAAUGUCAUGUACAAUACUCCCCUGUUCUCGUCAGUGCUGACGUAUUUACACCUAAUCACCGACAGCGCUCAACAAUGUUUAGUAAUAUAUGCACGCUACUACACAUACAAGGGUAGGAUGUUCCACAUCAUAUGGCACACGAGCUACUACACAAUAUACUCAUCAAUGAACGUAGCACUAACGAACUUGAUAGUGCUAUCAAUUAAGUCGAUGGACAAAGGAGGAUUCAUAGUACACUACAACGUACUCGCAAGGAUAGGUCACAUAGUGGGACCACUGUUAAACAUACUGGUGACGUUCCUGCCGCCACUGAAGAGGAGUUUUUUCUACUUCAACUCUAUCAAGUUUGAGAACCUGGAAUACGUAUACAUACUAAUAUCAGUCACGUGUAUACUAAGGAUCUAUGUGUCGUAUGUACUCAAGAAUGAGCCGAGGCCGACAGCAAUGGCGUUGUACUCAAACGACAUCAUCAAGGAGUCGGGAACGUACUUUCAGAAAGACAGUGCGAACUAUUCGCAAGGAAGGUACAAGUACCUGCCGUGGACGAUAUUCGUAAUGAACACGCUGACGACGUUCGGCUCAGGUCUCUCAAUUAGUCUGAUGAGCAUAUACAUGAUCAAGACGUUUAACAUCGACUACAUGUACCUGUGGAUAGGCUCGCUGCUGAUACCAGUCAUUACAACGCUGCUGUUAUUUGUUUUAAACAGUCAACAGAAAAAAUAUGGUAAACUGCCAACCAUAUUUAUAUCGAAGAUUAUCGCAUUGGGAGCGUCGUUUCAAAACGCACCGGGACCCCUGAAGACGUCAAUACUGCUGCAGUGCAGCAACCUGGAGUCGGCAGGCUACUGGCUCUCCUCAGAGUACCUGACGAGGAUCAUCAUGGCAGUAACGACAGUGGUGGGAGGCCAGAUAGUGCACAUGUACGGCUUCCACAGGUGCUUCCUGAUGACAGGUGAGAACAGAAAUAAAUCACGGCCUUCAGCGCUCUUCUACACAAUAUCGCUGCUGAUUCUCCUGAUCACGAUGCUGGUGUUCCCAAACGUGUAA